AGCAAAGACAGUAUUCUCUCUCUCUCUCUCUCUCUCUCUCUCUCUCUCUAUCUAGGGUUCGGAAUCAGAGUUUCCAUCCGAAAAUCCGAACUCUACUCCUGUCCGAUCACCGACGGGAGAUCUUCCUGAUUGAUUCAAGGAAGCCCUUGCUCCCGUUCAAGUCUACGCAAUGGCGGUGGCGACAAUGGUCAGCUCGGCCGGCGGGCUGCUCGCUAUGCUGAACGAGAAUCACCCUCGCCUGAAGCUCCACGCUCUUUCGAACCUCAACAAGUGCGUGGACUACUACUGGCCCGAGAUUUCCACCAGCGUCCCCAUUAUAGAGAGUUUAUAUGAAGAUGAGGAGUUUGAUCAACACCAAAGGGAACUUGCAGCACUUCUCGUCUCUAAGGUCUUCUAUUACCUGGGCGAGCUUAAUGAUUCACUGUCUUACGCUCUUGGUGCUGGUUCAUUAUUCGAUGUCUCGGAGGAUUCAGAUUACGCUAAUACCCUUCUGUCUAAAGCAAUUGAUGAGUAUGCAAGCCUCAAGUCUAGGGCAGCUGAAUCCAAUAAUGAAACAGCUGAAGUUGAUCCGCGUUUAGAGGCCAUUGUGGAGAGAAUGCUAGAUAAGUGCAUCAAUGAUGGGAAGUUCCAGCAGGCCAUGGGCAUUGCAAUUGAAUGUCGAAGAUUGGAUAAAUUGGAGGAAGCAAUUACAAGGAGUGAUAAUGUCAAUGGCUCUCUCUGUUAUUGCAUAAACAUCUCUCAUUCUUUUGUUUAUCGCAGAGAAUAUCGGCGUGAGGUGCAACGCCUUUUGGUCAAUGUGUAUCAGAAGCUUCCUUCUCCUGAUAACUUGAGCAUCUGUCAGUGCCUCAUGUUCUUAGAUGAACCUGAGAAUGUGGCGAGCAUAUUGGAGAAGCUCCUACGAUCUAAGAAGGACGAUGCCCUUCUGGCAUAUCAAAUAGCAUUCGAUCUCGUGGAGAAUGAACACCAGGCUUUUCUUUUAAAUGUGAGAGAUCGGCUCUCAGCACCCAAGUCUGGGUCUCUGCAAUCUGCUCAACCUGGAUCUACAGAACCUUUUUCUGCAGAAAACGAAACUUCUGCUGUGUCUGAGGAUGUUCAGAUGACAGAUGGAUCUCAUGCUACCGAUGGGAAUGUGCAACAGAUUGAUCCAUUGGAGAAGGAGUAUGCAGAGAGACUGACAAAGAUUCGGGGAAUCUUGUCAGGAGAAACAUCGAUUCAAUUGACUCUUCAAUUUCUGUAUAGCCAUAACAAGUCUGAUCUUCUUAUCUUGAAGACAAUCAAACAAUCUGUUGAAAUGAGAAAUAGUGUCUGCCACAGUGCUACAAUCUAUGCUAAUGCAAUCAUGCAUGCUGGUACAACAGUUGAUACUUUCUUGAGGGAGAAUUUGGAUUGGCUUAGCAGAGCAACCAACUGGGCAAAAUUCAGUGCCACAGCUGGGCUUGGAGUUAUUCACAGAGGCCACCUGCAGCAGGGAAGGUCAUUAAUGGCCCCAUACUUGCCCCAGGGUGGGAGUGGUGGUGGUGGCAGUCCAUACUCCGAAGGUGGUGCUCUCUAUGCUUUGGGUCUCAUUCAUGCGAACCAUGGGGAGGGCAUUAAGCAGUUCUUACGUGACAGUUUAAGAAGCACUAAUGUGGAGGUCAUACAACAUGGAGCUUGCUUAGGCCUUGGUUUGGCUUCUCUUGGGACAGCUGAUGAAGAUAUAUAUGACGACAUUAAGAACGUUCUUUACACUGAUAGUGCUGUUGCUGGUGAAGCUGCGGGUAUUAGCAUGGGUCUCCUCAUGGUUGGAACUGCAAGUGAAAAAGCAAGUGAGAUGCUUGCUUAUUCUCAUGAGACACAGCAUGAGAAAAUCAUCAGAGGGUUGGCACUAGGGAUUGCCCUUAUGGUUUACGGCAGAGAAGAAGAGGCAGAUACCUUAAUUGAACAGAUGACCCGUGACCAGGAUCCUAUCAUACGUUAUGGUGGCAUGUAUGCACUGGCACUUGCUUACCGUGGAACAGCAAACAACAAAGCCAUACGUCAACUCCUACAUUUUGCAGUCUCAGAUGUCAGUGAUGAUGUUAGGAGGACUGCAGUUCUAGCUCUUGGGUUUGUCCUCUACUCAGAACCAGAGCAGACUCCUCGGAUCGUCUCUCUGCUAUCUGAGUCCUACAACCCACAUGUUCGUUAUGGGGCGGCUCUUGCAGUGGGCAUAUCCUGUGCUGGCACAGGCCUUAGCGAGGCCAUAUCCUUGUUGGAACCUCUGACAUCAGACGUCGUGGACUUUGUCAGACAGGGUGCACUCAUUGCAAUGGCCAUGGUUAUGGUCCAGGUUAGUGAAGCCAGCGAUUCUCGUGUUGGAGCUUUCAGGCGGCAAUUAGAGAAAAUCAUCUUGGACAAACAUGAGGAUACAAUGAGCAAGAUGGGUGCUAUAUUAGCCUCAGGGAUCCUUGACGCUGGCGGAAGGAAUGUGACCAUUAGGUUACUUUCCAAGACGAAGCACGAUAAAGUGACAGCAGUGGUCGGUCUCGCCGUAUUUAGCCAGUUCUGGUACUGGUAUCCUCUCAUCUAUUUCAUCAGCCUGGCUUUCUCUCCCACGGCCUUUAUUGGUCUCAACUCUGACCUCAAGGUCCCGAGGUUUGAGUUCCUGUCCCAUGCAAAGCCAUCGCUAUUUGAGUACCCGAAGCCCACCACUGUGCCUACUACAACUUCUGCUGUAAAACUUCCCACUGCGGUCCUUUCUACUUCAGCCAAGGCCAAAGCUAGGGCUAGUAAGAAAGAGGCAGAGCAGAAGGCCAACACAGAGAAAUCAGCUGGGCCGGACUCAUCGUCUCUGAAAGGGAAAUCACACAGCGAGAAGGAUGGGGAUUCUAUGCAGGUUGAUAGCCCACAAGAAAAGAAGGCCGAGCCUGAGCCAUCCUUUGAAAUUUUGACCAACCCAGCUCGGGUGGUCCCUGCACAAGAGAAAUUCAUAAAGUUCUUGGAAGAGAGCAGAUAUGUACCCGUGAAACAAGCUCCUUCUGGGUUUGUUCUGUUGAGGGACCUUCGACCCACAGAGCCUGAGGUGCUCUCUCUCACAGACACCCCGGCAUCCACCGGAUCGAACCCCGGUGGGACUGCAAGCGGGCAGCAGGGAUCCUCCGCAUCAGCAAUGACAGUGGAUGAUGAACCUCAACCACCUCAGGCCUUCGAGUACACGUCAUAAUCACGAGAUCACGUCUCUGUCCAGUUAAUUCGCCAUUUUCAGGGUCGGUCUGGAGCUCGAAGAAACAAGGCUUGCAGUCUGUAGAGAAGACCUUUUGAACCUGUCUAGGUUCGAGCAGGCAGUCAUGGGCCAUUACAACCUCUGAUCAGAGCUUCUCAUGUGAUGUCUUCCCCUUCUCGAAGCGUUAAUUUAAGAUUCAUGUACGCACUAUUCAUUUCGGAGUUGACGUAAUUUUUCCGACUUUAAAGACUCAGAAGGGGGAAAAAUGGGGCAUUGUACUUUGAAAACUUUUGGCUCAUAACACAGUUGAACCUGAGAUGAAUGAGGGGUCCUAUCGUGCCAUAUGUUUUAGCUCGAGCUUAGAUUGUUUCCGGAACUGUGAUAAUUUGUUGUUUUAUCGAGGAUAACGAUUCUGAGAGGAGGCUAGAGUGUGUCGGCGUUCACAUUUGAUAACAGAAAUAUUAUCUGAA